GCCGCCUCCCGGCAGUCGGCUGUCCGCGUUGCCGUCAAAGCGUGUGCGAAGAUGGCGGCGUUUCGCUACACGCAUGCAGUGGUGUGCAGGAUCCCGCUCUCGUUGCGCACAAGGGGCGAAAUCGAGCUGGAGGAGGCGAAGAAGCAGCACGAGAACUACGUGCGGCUGCUGCGGGAGCUGGGCCUGGACGUGAUCGAGCUGCCGCCGGACGAGGCUCUGCCGGAGUGCGUCUUCGUCGAAGACACGGCGGUGGUGUGCAACGGGACGGCGUUGAUCACGCGGCCGGGGGCGGCGCACCGAGCCAAGGAGGUAGAGACCAUUCGGGUGGUGCUCAAAAAAGAACUCGACCUUCCCAUAAUCGAGAUAUCCGACAGCAAGGCGAAACUGGACGGUGGCGAUGUCCUAUUCACUGGUAGGGAAUUUUUUGUGGGUAUCUCCCAGUGGACGAACGAGGCUGGUGCCAGAGCGGUGGCGGCUGCUUUCCCCGAAUACCCUUGUACACCCAUCAAGGUAAAACCCGAGACCCUUGCUCUGACUGAUCUAGCUCAGGGCUUUGUGCAGGUACCGGAUCCCAAACACCUAAAAACGUACAUAACAGUCGGGGGGCCGGAUCUGCUUUGUGUAGGGGCCGGUAAGGAGGCGCAGGAAGUGCUGAAAAGGAUGGAAAGAGAAGCCACUUUCAGCUACCAGACGCUGACUCUGCCUGAAGACGAAGCGGCCAACGUCCUCUACUUGAACGGCACCCUGGUCCAUCGCAGCAUCGACGAAAUACCGCAGUCCUUCAAGGUGUUCAGCGAGAAGAUCGACUACCCCAGGAGGUCCGUGAACAUCUCGCAGCUGGCCAAGACGUCCUGCGGACUGACUUCCAGCUGCAUUCUAGUCAGAAGAUCGCGCCACAUAAGGAAUCUUUAAGCGUGCCCAUAACCUACAAAGCCACCUCAGGUCUUCAGCGACGGAACCGGCGGCGAUUCGCGCGCAACACGGAUUACGUUAAGUAGCACACGCUUCUGCUUGGUUCGAGUCGCCGCCGGUUUCUAAAAUUAACCGAAAAGAUCAAUUCUGGAAAAUAUCCAAUAUAUCCGAGUCGUUAAGGGGGUCGUAAAGUAGCAUUUAUAAAACAUAGACAGCUAUAUUUAUUGACAAGUAUAGGAGUACUAAAUAUGUUCUAUUAUUAGUGUUAUAUCUUGUUGAUUUAUGUUUGUUUUCGCUAGAGAUGUUAUUGUAAGUUGAGCAUACUCAAAAAUGAAAUUAUUUUUAAAACGAGGAACUCGAAUAAAAAUUGUUACUUGUAUGGACCUUUACCAUUCCAUUUUGAUGAAAGCAUUUAUUUUUUAAGUAAGUUUACAUUACAUUAGGUAGGUACCGUAGCAUUAAAUGCAAUGCCAGUCAUUAUUGAGGUGCAUUAAGUUGAAGUUUCGAAGCAAUGUGCAUUUGUGACAAUACUGAAACCGUUGUUUUUGUUGACGCGAAACGCUAAAGCAGGUUGUAGCUGCAAAAUCAAUGAGAAGCUUUACCAGCGGUCUUUUUUUUUUCUUCAUUCCACUGUUUGGAGUAUUAUUUUCCAUUGCAAACACGUGCUGAUUUUUAAUAUUAGGAAUCUAUUUUUGUAUGUUUAUUUAAAUGUAUGUAUUUAUACUAACACAACUAGAUGAGAAGAAUCAAAUUUUGAAAACUAUAAAAGGAUUAACUGUGAUUCCAUUAUCAAUAAGGAAGAUUUCUAGUAGAUUGUUACGUUUUACGACUCGUUCGAUUUUAUUGUAGCUUUUAUGGUUUUCAACUUUGGUGUGUUUUGUACGUUAUAAAUAGACAUUACAAUUAACAUCGUCUGUGUUAUGUACUGUAUACAUGGUCUUUGUCCUAGGUGUCGUCUAGUUGUGUAUAAUUGUGAUUCAGAAUCUCUCUUUAAUAAAGCUACUGAAAAAUCC